GUCGCAUCUCAGUUCGCAGCCACCGCCUCCUUGACCUGCCACUGACGUCCCUGCAAAACUACUCGGACGUCGCAUCGGUAACUUCAUUCUGUGGUCGAGAAGGCGACACAAUCUGCAGCCUCUUUCUUCUACCCGCGUAAUCACCAUUUUGAACUUCACUCUCCAUGUCAAACUCCGCUUCUGGCAGCCGGAAGGUUGCAGCAUAUGCUCUUCGCAGUGCAGGUCUCAUUGACCGUGAUGAACGCAUGCACGACGCGUCUGAUCGUCCAGGCGGACGGAAAGGCUCCUCCUACAAGAAGACACGUUCAUCCCACCGACCCCGCGCUAUCGAUGCAGUCACUGGCAAAGACCAGCCUGCGUCCUCGUCUCGAACAGCCAUGCUUGCCUCCCGGCUAGCAGCAGGCGAAUCGUUGGCCAUCCGUGGUGCAGCGAGGGGAACAGUGGGCCGUCUUCGCAGGAAUGCUAUCUCAAGUGGUGAUGCUACUCUCGUGGAACGCAAGGUCGUCGACCUAUGGAGAGAAUUUGUGAACCGACGGUGGAAUCCCGAAGCAAGGUACCUCAAUUUGGAGCGAAUCGCGGAGGACGAAUUUGUGCAGAGGAACCGUUUAAUGCCGCCGCAAGCGGUGGGCUCGCCGACAAAGGAGCUCUCGGUCAUGUUCAAGCUCGCAUCGAUGCUCUCGCCUGAGGUGCAAACAAUCUCGCUAGGCUACAAUAAUCUCACUACGGGCGCGGCGUUUGCCCGUCUAUCGCAUUACCUGCCGAAACUUGCCAACCUCUCGCUGCAAGGCAACAAGCUAUCUGCGUGGAGAGACAUUGAUUAUAUUUCAGGGAAGAGGGGCCGUUUGACGAAGCUGCGCGAGCUGAUCUUGAUCGACAACCCACUGCGAGAGGUGGAAUACAAAAACAAUCGGGUUGAUCGUUAUAAGAGCGAGAUUACCCGCCGAUUCCCUACACUAGAGAUGCUGGACAUGGAGCCGAUCCCGAAAAUUGCCUUCGACGCGCCGCAGACAUCGACGUCCUCUUCCUCGCAAGUUCAGAAACCCACAGCAACGACGUUCCCGGCCGAGAUGCAGCCGUCCUUCAUCACAGGAGUCGAUAGCUCUAUCGUCAGCAAUUUCCUCAUGAGAUAUUUCCCACUAUUUGAUAACCAACGUGCGGCGCUGAUGGAUGUGUACCAUCCAAGUGCCACAUUCUCUUUCUCCGCGAAUACGACGAUACCCGCUCGCGCGAAGAUUGAAGGUUAUCACCAUUCGAAGGACAUGCCAAAUCAAAGGAAGCUCGAAUGGACUCCUUGGUUGCAAGGUGGCCUCGGUGGUUCGCGCAACUUGAAUCGGAUGGGUGGCAGCCUCAGUAAAACUACGAAGUCGCUUCAUGUUGGCAAUGAACGAGCAGUCAAAGCAAUGGCCGAUUUGCCUAUUACCAAGCAUGAUGUUGCCGGGGCUCCAGAGAAAUUUUGCCUGGAUGCGUGGCCUGUGCAGGCAGGAGAUUCUACGCAGCUAUUCGUCACUGUGCAUGGCCAGUUUGAGGAAGAACCAUCACACGGAAUUCGUUCAUUUGAUCGCUCCUUCAUUCUGGCUCCUGCUCCAGAGGGGUCUCGAGCAAAGCAGAGCGGUUGGGACGUGCUCAUACUCUCCGAUCAGCUCGUCGUACGAGCAUAUUCAAGCCACGAAGCUUGGCGACCCGGUCCGAUGCGCAUGCAAGCUGAGGAUCCGUUACCGGCUGCAUCCCACAGUGCGACUUCGGAACAGCCGCAGAUCCCACCGCAUCUUCAGGAAGCGCUAGCGGCAAUGCCGGAACCUCAACGGUCAUUGGUGCUGCAGAUAUGCCAGCGCACAGGUCUCAACGUCAGUUUUGCCGUGCAGUGUCUAGAAGGCAACGGGUGGGAUAUGGAGCGCGCCGUGACAAACUUCGAGCAGGUGAAGGGCACGCUAUCCCGAGAUGCGUUCAUGUAACCGCUUUGCCGGGGCCGCUUGCAUCCAGCAUGCCGUACGGACCAAUAGAAGCGAUGUCACCAGCCAUCAGCUGGGUUGGAUCAUGUAGCAGCGUCUGUGAUUUGGACCAGGUUCAGAGGCACAGCCUUCCGUCCCCACAGUCAUCAUCUGUAACAUAUUAUAGCCCCUUUGUCAUUUGCAGCACAUAUAUUGUCUAUAGCAACUUGUCCUCGUCAUCUGCCC